CGUCAGAUUUCCGGAAAUGGCCCCCAGAAAUCAUCGCUCUGUGGUCGAAUUGAUCUAGUUUAAACUUCCUGAAUGUAAUAAUUUCUCGAUCUACCAGCAGUAUGUCUUGGAAGUAUUAUUUGGUUACUUGAAGAUGAAGUUACAGUAACCAGGGUAUCUCAAAUCCACAGCCAUGAACAAGAUAUCGAACGUUGUUUAUUCGGGUUGGAUGGUGAAGUCUCCACCGGAGAAGAAGUUUCGUCUGACUGGUCCCUGGAAAAUAUUCCGAGCUGUAAGUCAGUUUACCAAAGAUGAUACUGACACCAGCAAGUGGAAGCGACGAUUCUUCGUGUUGUUCAAGCCAGCAAGCAGCCUUCCUCACCAGUACCUCCUGAAUUACUAUACCGAUGAGAACUGUAAAAAACUCAAGGGAUGUAUAGACCUUGAGCACUGUGAACAGGUUAUUGAAUCCCUCGACCUCGACAUAUUUCCCUUUCUACUGGCACUAAAGACUUUCCACAAGGGCAGAGAACGCACUUACUUUUUGUCUACUGAUACAGAAGAUGAGAUGACCACCUGGGUCCGCAACUUGUGCAGUGUUUGUGGCCUCAAGCCAGAGGAAAGUCCCGACUUGCCCCCGGAGAAACCAGAUAGCCCAAGAAACCAUGACAAUAGCAACACUACGGCAGCACCUGUGGCUGUGGUGCCACCCCGUCCACAAAGGUCUCAGACUGUAAUGUCCCAGCCACAGCAAGAUGUGAGGAUGCGUGGGCGGUCUAUUGGGCGGACCAACUCCAAGUCCGGCUCUCACUACAUACCACUAUCGGAUUGCCUUAGUGAAAAGUCACGUCGUUCAAGCAUACCAGAUGAGCUCGCUCCUCCACCUCCUCUGAAAACCCCUAAGGCUCCAGCCCCUCUCCCUGAGGGGGAUGACAGUGUGUUCCAACAGACAUAUGACAGUCCUAAACAGCGCAGUGGAGAGGAUGAUACAGACUCUGUGUACAAAGUGCCUCCCCCUCGACGGGAGGAAGGGUCCACUCUUGAGGUGUACGACAUCCCUCCUCCAGCACGUCAGUCCCCUAGUACUCCACGCUCAUCCAGCAGUGAGAGCCAGAAGGACUCGGCUUACUCGUCCCAGUCUGCCUUGACAGGCCUCACAUAUGACUAUCCCCCGACCCACCCUGACCGAGGACCUACAUCUGAUGAGGUGUAUGACUUCCCACCACCCAACCCCCAGAUGAUACAAUCUCAGUCAGAUGUACCCCCUCCCCGACCCCCAAAGACAUCAGCCCUUAGCCAAGAGCCCUAUCAGAACUUGCCCUCCAACAGUGCAGUUGUAAAGGAGCACAAACAAAUCAGUAUGGACCUAAAUGUUGUUGUACCUCCCACAACGUCUGAUGGAGCCCCAGCGGGCCAGAGUUACGAUGUACCUCGGCCACAAAACACCCUUCGCAAACUGUCUCUCUAUGACAUGCCAAAACCACAACAGAAUGGCGGACCAAAAAAAGACUCAAAUCUGCUGGCAAUACCUCCUCCCCCCCAGUCCUGUGCAGGCCCGUCGUCCCAUAGCUACAUUAACGCUGCCCGGGGGUAUCUCCCCACUCCCAAGGACAAGGUAGAAGAUGCAUACCUGCCUAUGGAGCGUGCCUUUCCCCCAAGUGACUCUUUAGACAAAAGUGCGUAUUCUGACAUGUCACGUAUACCCACGUCUCCUGUGAACUACACUGACAUGUCAUCAGACUACGAUACCCCACCAAAACCUGGCCUCCCCCCAAGGCUAUCACCAAGGAACAACAACGACCUCGGCCAUGAAGGAAUGACACGUACAGAAGGUGACACCUACACAAUAUUUAGUAAUGCUCGAACACGCAGCUUCAAGCGUAACAACUGUAUUGACCACAGUGGCAGGGUAGCAGCCCCAACAACGCUGCGAGUUCAGCUGCCCUAUAUGUCAAAUAACCGACACCCAGAUUUCUCUACGAGCUCAGAGGAGGAAGAUGAGCCUGUACUGGGUGACCCUUCCCAGGUGAUGAUGCCCUACAGUGUACUGACUGGCCAGGGAGGACAUAGCUCAAAUCUGUGGGGCAGCACACCUCCCGCGCCAAAGCGACCAGAGGCGGAGCUAAAGUACCUUGACCUUGCUCUGGAUGACACGUCAGACAAGGAGGCGAUGCGAUCACCGCACAGCCAUACUGGACAUUCCACACCCACAGAGUACCGUGAGAUAGACUUUGUCAAAACACAGGCACUUAGUGAUGUCAAAAAGACUGUUGACAACCAGCGUAAACAUGACGACCAGUGACCACUGGCAAGACUUUGGAAUGAUGGUUGAAGCACUUAAAAGUGUGGGCACAAGUUGUUUAUGCGUUCGAAAAGGUUAAAGAUUACUGUUGGACUUAAAAUGUGGGCACAUGUUGUUAUGAGUUUAAUAUGGUCAAAGAUUACUAUUAGACUAAAAGUGUGGGCACAUGCUUUUUAUGUGUCUAGUAUACUAUUGACAGAAUCGUCAAAGUCUGGACACUUCCGAAAUGUGAGCAACAUUCUGGUUGACCAAUGGGACUGUCACUGUCAGUGAAUGGUAUGUCCAGUCUCCUGCACAGCUGACCAGUGUAACUAAUGAUCAAGAGAAGGUCCUUUACAUUAGACACAUAUACCAAUAUUGAACUUUGACCCAUCCAUCCUGUCAACUAGACAUGAAGGUCAUGAAGAAGACAGUGUAAUAAUGGGUCGUAUCACUGAUACAACCCUGAUCACAAUGAGAGGCUGUUACCUGUUUAUUUACUGGUACAGGUAAACAAGUGGCUCCCACUCAACAGUAUAGUCUGUUUUAGUGGUCUGUCCAAGGUAGAGGACUGUAUGUGUGGAAAAACUUUGGAGAAAAAUGCAUGGCAUAAACACAAUGAUGUAACACAAAUCACAUCACAGACUGUGACUUAUCUAAUUUGUAUCACAAACAUGUCACUAAUGUGUCACAACAGAAUCGAAUGUGUUGAAAUGUGUCACAGAUAGAAACGUCACAGGUAUGUCACAAACCAUGUUACAAACAUGUCUAGGAACGUGUCGUAAUCGUGUCACAAACCUAGUAACAAACCAGUAAGCACUGAGUCAUGUUUCUGGUUAAUCGACCAUGUUCACCACGUCAUGAGUCAUCACCAGUGAACAGUUCGGGGCCACCAAUCUCUCCAUCCCACCUGGUCAAAUUCUUCACUAAACUCUGGCUAAGUCCCCUUACAUGCUGUGUGUGUAUUAUAUCAUUUAUUUGUAAAUUAGAAAUGUCACAAUUAUUGUCAAUAGACUAUAUAUUUACAACUUAUAUUUUAUAUUUCAUACAUCAUUCAAUUCAUUUACAGAUUUUGAGUGUUAUGUUUUGAGAACUUGACUUAGGCUAGCCCUCUGGUGUUGUUUUUGAUAGUAAAACAGGUUAUAGAAAAAAUCAUUAUAAUCAUGAGGAUAGCUUCUCAUUUGCAUUGUGUGUUUAGACACGACUAAAAUGGUACAAGUUAUUUUGUAUCUUAAACUAUAUGGAAGUUAAUAUAUGAACAUAGAGUUUACAUAAAUAUUGUAGCAUGAUUGUGCACAAAUUGUGUGUUUAGACACGACUAAAAUGGUACAAAUUAUUUUGUAUCUUAAACUAUAUGGAAGUUAAUAUAUGAACAUAGAGUUUACAUAAAUAUUGUAGCAUGAUUGUGCACAAAUAUGGUGUGUGUAGAUCUCCAAGGUCAGAAGGUGAUACCUUUCAUCAGCAAUGGCAUAAGGUGGCAAACCUAGUUCAGCUCUAGAUGUCGCAUCUUGUUACAUAAAUCACAAGGUGGUACACCUCAUAACCAAGGUCACAAGUGGUGCACUUUAUCAUCAAGGUCACAAGUGGUACACUUUAUCAUCAAGGUCACAAGUGGUACACUUUAUCACCAAGGUCACAAGUGGUACACCUCAUCACCAAGGUCACAAGUCGUACACCUCAUCACCAAGGUCACAAGAGGUACACUUUAUCAUCAAGGUCACAAGUGGUACACCCCAUCACCAAGGGUACAAGUGGUACCUGUCAUCAUCAAGGUUACAAGUGGGACACCUCAUCACCAAGGUCACAAGUGGUACACCUCAUCUCCAAGGUCACAAGUGGUACACUUUAUCACCAAGGUCACAAGUGGUACACCUCAUCACCAAGGUCACAAGUCGUACACCUCAUCACCAAGGUCACAAGUCGUACACCUCAUCACCAAGGUCACAAGUCGUACACCUCAUCACCAAGGUCGAAGGGUAGUAAGCCUCAUUACCAAGGUCAAAAGGUGAUACAACUCAUCACCAAAGUCACAAGUGGUACACUAUAUCACAUAUUGGUAAAUAUUGGUUGCAGAGGUCACCCAGUAGUAUGUUUACCCACCAUUUUACAAUGAAUUCCUAAUCAACCAGAACCAUCCUAAUAGUGCAAUAAUUCAGUAUUGAUUAACAUAAAAUUGUUGAAUAUUUUUAUCACUCUUGGUACUGAUUGUGUUUGUCGAUUUCCUUCAAAUUAUGUCAAUUUUUGUGCCAAUGACAAAUAUGUUGCUCACUGAUUACGAAAGAGCUCUUGACACAUUUUUUCAUCAUUACUUUGUGUUUUAAAUCUAAAUGCUUUAAUUUUCAUUAUGUCAUACUGAAACAAUUUGGUUUAAACAAUACAUAUAAAUUACAAAAAUAUGUUUGAAGACAUUUCAAAUAUUAUGCUGAAAUUUCUAAAAAUAAUACAUUACUAAUGUCAUGCUAAAACAUUUUUAAUAAGUCAUUACAAAUAUCAUUCUUAAACGUCUGACAUAAUACAUCACAAAUAUUGUGCGAAAUUCUUUUCUUUAGUACUUUACAAUAUUGUGCUAGUAUCCUGAUUUCCUGUAGGCAAAGAAGAUUUUAAUAAAAAGUACUGCUCCUCAUCUAAACUGUUUAAUUUUACUGGUGAGAUUAUUUUACUUUUUGAUUCCUGUAAAUAUAAUUAUUUUAGCAGAAAUUCUAUUUUAGUAAAAGAAUGAUUUCAUUCUUUUUUUAUGAUGGCUUUGUAGUGAUCAAAUUAUAUAUUGCUUCAAACAGACUCCAAGCUGUUUAUAAAAAUAAUGAUACACUAAUUUAGGAGACGGCAGCAUAUCUAUUCUCUUUGAGUAAAAUACACUGUAAA